AUGGAUGGAACUGGAGAUCUAUAUAAUCGCAAUUUUGGUGGCAAGUUGAAGUUAAAGCGGCUUAAAGUAAAAGGAAUACGGCCAGAUAAAAAAAUCAGCUCUGAAUCUAAAGGCACUGACUCCGGAGAAAAAACAACUGGCGCAACCGAUAUCACUGGUAGUGGACGGAUAGUGUCGUCGGGGAAUACCAUACAGGGAUUCGAGACAAAGUUUCUCGACGAAGUUGCCGUGGGCGACACGAUUAUAAUAAAACAUCCUAUAUCCAAAGAGAAUGAGGAGCGCACGGUUCAGAGCGUAAUGAGCAAUCGCACUUUAUGCCUAGACAUUGGGUACAGCACAGAUCUUGUGACAACAAGCGUAUACAUUAUAAGGAAACAGAAAGCCGAUGACGACCAAACACUUCCCGAGGGGUCGGACUCUACCCCAGCUAAAAAGGUAUCGUUUGUAACUGUAAGGGAGAAAUCGGGGAUGUGGAGCUAUAAAACUACCACAAAGGUGGUAAAGGCACAGAUGACGGCUGAAGAGCGGCUUAACGAAAGAAUUAAACACAGCCGUGAUAAACGCUGUUGGUAA